AAACAAGAAUAGUCAUUAUACAUUCUUUAUCAUAUAAAUAAGCAUAAUCAUCUUAUAUGUAGAUAUCAUUUUAACAUAAAUAUCAUAAUCAUUAUAAUGAAAGUUGUUAAAUUCAUUCCACGACCAAACAUAUAUACUCAAUUUUGUUUAAUACUACUUAUAUGUAUCAAUAAUGUAUGAAUAUAAAUAAUCUUGAGAUUUGAAAUUAAUAAAUGAAAAAGUAAGUUUAAUAUAGUUAUGUUGAGAAUUUUAAUUUAAUUGAAAUUUAUCUUAAAAUGAUGUCUACAUAUAAGAUGAUUAUGCUUAUUUAUAUGAUAAAGAAUGUAUAAUGACUAUUCUUGUUUUCAUAUCAUAUAUUUUUUCGUGUAAAAGUAUCUUGUUUUUGUUUGUAACAGCAGGUUGUGUUAAAAGGUUGAUGAUGAUCGAAAAUUUCCAUUAAAAAGAAACACAAAGAGUCUUUUCAGUUUCCAGGAAAAUUGACGUUUUACAUAUUUUUGACUUGAAAAGAGCACCCGGAAAAGCUAAAAACUAUUUCUUUAUAAUCAAUAGUUCAUGCUCUAUCAAACGAUAUGUAAAACACGCAAAGAAAAAUUUUAUUUUUAAGUGCUGCAUAUGCCUUUUUGUUCUAUAUACAAUUUUAUUAUUAUUAAUGGAAAUUUAUUUCUAAGUAAUAGAAAAUAUCAAAAGAAUAUAAAUAUAUUCAUUCAAUUUUAGCUUAAAAGGAAUAAUAAAGAGAAAAUACAAAUGAAAAACUAUGUGUUAUGUUCUAUAGAAACCGUGAAUUAUAUUUGAAAAAAAAACAAUGUAACUAGAAACCUCAUAAUCGUUAAACAAACAUAUUCUGACGUUGUUUUAAUCACGUUAAAAUUUAUUCGUUAUUAUUACAUUUCUUUCUUCAAAAAAAUAUGUAAUUAGUCCGAUGCGAAGCAACGCAUUUCUAUUUUUCCUUCGCAAGUUUUUUUUUAUAUACUUCUCUCGACGCAUAAAAGUCGUCAUUGUAUGUUCCGAUCUUUCGUAUGAGAUUCAAUUCGUUUAUCAAUACAAUAGUAGAAUUUAAUUUAGUUCGAUAAUAUUUUUAUUUUAAAGAAAAAAAAAAGAAAAUGUUCUGUUACGUUUGUAAAAGAAAUUCUUUUUUUUCAUUAGAACAAAGAAAAUAAAAGUUACUUUUAUCGUUCUCUUGUUAUACUACAUCAUACGUAGAGACAUAUUCAUCAUCGUGUGCAUAUAAAAGAAAAACUACCUUUUCUUUCUUACAUGGAUAAUUUUCUUAAAAAAUAAAAUGAUAAAAAGCAAUUCUACGAAUGGGUUUGUCAUUGACAAUUUUACAUAUGGUAAGAACAAUAAAAGAAAAUGUAUUUCAACGCACUAGAACGAUGUUUUAAUAACGUUGAUGGAAGAGAAAAACUCACUUUUUUUCUUCUUCUAAAUGCAAUCAAAGGAAACAAAAGACAAUAUAUUUAAAAUACAAAAAUGGCAUUUUCUUUACUAGAAGUUACCGUUGAAAUGCAACGUUUUUUUUAUAUAUUUCUUUUUAUCUUAUAGGAAUGCGUGUUCGUUAUAUAAUGGAAUGGUGUAAAAGCCAUAAAAUAACAGUUCUAAUUUUGAUUAUAUUGAGUUGUCUUACGAUUAGACAAUAUAAGAAACGUCUAACUUUAUUCGAUGGAAAUUUCAAUCAACAAUUUAUUAGUAACAACAAUAGUAAGUUAUAUUUAACUGAAAAAUGAUUUUUUAUAUUUUUCUAAUAAAAAAAAAUCAGUGACUUCAUAUAUCCAAUGAAACUCUAAAAAUAUUUUUUUUCCUGAACCCGUAUAUUUAAUUGUUCUUUAUCAAUAUAUUUUAAAUGAAUGAUGAGUAAUGUUAAUUUCGAUAAAUAAUAAGAACAAUUCUUUUUUCCCUAAAUUAUUCCCUCUUAUCGUAAAUUUUAAGAAAAAAAGGCGAGUGGGUAUUUUUUGAAUAACUUUAAAAUAGUUGCAGUUUUUCACUGUUAGAAAGAAAAAUAAAGACAGUUAUAAAACGUUUCUAGAAAUAUACUACGUCUCUUAUCAACAACAACAAAUAGAUUUUCAUGAGUGUUCUAGAACUAUCCGAUAAAAACUUUAUUUCUGUCUACAAUUAUUAAAGAAAUAUUUUCAUCUCUUCUCUCUCAUAGUGAAAAUCACAACACUCUAUAUGUAUCUGUGUCAGGCGGAAUUAAGAUUUAGGUACAAUUAAACUAAAUUUUUACAAAAUUGUAGAAUUCGCAAGUUGUAUUGAAUAUAUAUAGUUUAGGAAGAUGUAGAGUGCGGUAGAUGUAUAGAACAAAAUAGAACGAAAACUAUUUUAAAGGAGAUCAUAAAGGUUUUUUCAUGAAUGAGAUGGAUAGAAUUAAAUAAGUUUCUCUUAAUCAAUUGUUACUAACUUUCCCGAUCAAAAAAAAAUUCAAAUUUUGCCUGGGUCAUAUCGAUUUCAAAAUCAUUCAAAAAAUACUCAUCCGACUUUGUUAUAUUUUUUGCAUCGGCCAGUAAUUCGUAAUGGUAUGAGUAUUAACGCAUCGUUAUGCAAUAGAAUAUGUAUUCUUCAUCGAAAUAAGAACAUCUUGAGUUUCUACUGUGUCUCGAUGGGUUUUCCGAAUUUUGCCAACAUACUUCCCUAGAUAACGUAAUCUUUAGAAUGUUUUUUCUUAUUACAUAAGUAUUUUGUAAAGUUAAAAGCUAAAUUAAUCGUUUGAUACAUAUAUUUAUUUUCACAUACUAGUUCACAGUUAGUUAAUCCAAACAAAAAUAAUAAUAAAUAAUAUUAAAAUUCUAUAAUUCAUAACGCUACCAGUGGCGGAUUUAGGGGUGGGCGAUCGCCCCCCUCUUCAGAAAUUUUAUUUUGAUUUUUUACAGCAAAAAUAAACGAAAAAAUAGAUUCACACCACUUCGAUUGAACUCAAAAAUUGUUUUUAGCCGAAAUCGCCCCUCCCUUCCAAAAUCCUAGAUCCGUCACUGAGCGCUAUAAUAUAGGAAAUUCACCAGGAUUAUUAUUUGAUUCCAUAUGUAUUUCGAUAAUAAAUAAAAUUUCUUUUUUUCAUAGAUAAUCCAAAAAAUUUAAAUGAAAUUUUAUUAAUAUAUGUUUAUGCAAAUGCUCAUUCUCAUGCGUAUGAAAAUUUAAAAUAUUUUAUAAAUCAAGCUGUUCGUGAAAAUGAUAAUGUUGAUUAUUAUUUUAUUUUACAACAAGUUGAUAAUAAACCAAUAAACAUAAGUUCAAUGCCAUUAUUACCAAAAAAAACCGCUUAUUAUAUUCAACAUGAAAAUAAAUGCUUUGAUUAUGGUACAAUUGGAUGGUUUAUUAAUAAUUAUGCUAUUGGAAAUCCUUGGAAAAAGGAAACAUCAUCAACAAAUUCAAAUAUAAAAGUAAAUUUAAAACAAUAUAAAUAUUUUAUAUUUAUGAAUUCAUCAAUACGUGGUCCGUUUUUUCCACCAUAUUUUAUUCAAUUAGUUUUAGAAGCAAAUCUUAAUUAUUAUUGGUAUUCAGUUUUUCUAAGACGUAUUAACAAAAAAGUUAAAUUAGUUGGUUGUACAAUUAGUUGUGAAACAGUUCCACAUGUUCAAUCAUAUUUUCUGGCAACUGAUUUUACUGGUUUAUCAUUAAUAUUAAAACCUGGAAAUUCAGGUGGAACUAGUCCUGAAGGAAUAUUAGCAUGUUAUCCAACAAAAGAUCAUGCUACAAUAAAUAGUGAAUUGCCCAUAUCAAGUAGAAUUCUCGAAGCAGGUUAUAUGAUUGAUUGUUUAUUAACAAAAUAUCAAACAAUUGAUUUUACUAAACCACAUAAUCGAUUUUGUAAUGCAAAUAAAAAUCCAUAUAAUGAUAAAGGUCUGGAAAAUACAUCAUUAGAACCAUAUGAAGUUGUUUUUGUUAAAUCAAAUGAUUUAGUUUUUUUAAAAGAUGCAAGAGAUAAAGGAAAAUUAUAUCAAAAAUGGAUGGAAGAUGUUAAAAAUUAUAACAGAUCAUCAUUUUAG